GCUUACACAUCCAGAAGCGGAGCUUCCCUGCAUGGAUUCACUUCAGAAGACCAACAAGUACCUUUUGAAAACCUCUGAAAACAUUCAUUUGUGAAACAAUUGCAUCUGCUCUCAAACCCCCAGACUUUCCCUGAUUUGAAUUGGACGAUUGCACGUAAAUAGAGGCACAAAUAAUCCCCACCCGUAAUGCUGGACAACACGAAGGUUUACGUCGAACUGGGUGUCGCCAAGCUGGAGAACGCCCCCGAAGCCCUGAAACCUCGCAAGUCGUGCCUCGGAGGGGGUCGCGAUCCCAAUGAGGAGAGCUCCACAAAUGCACUCAACACAAGCACUUCUUCCUCUCGAAACGCCUCAGAAUGGGCCGAACCCGACGUCAUUGACAGUAGGUUUAGUUUGGCGACCGUAUCUGAGACUUCCAGGACUUCCAAUGCCACCGUUGAGGGUUCUCCAAGCUCUCAAAGCAGGUUCCUCGUGGCUCCCGCAGACGACGAGCCGCAGGAAUCCCACCGGAGCUGCGGGUGUGUGAUGGCGUUCCUGCGCUGUCUGGAGGAGACGCCGCUAAUGGUGUCGGGACUGUUCCUGACGGUUCUCUUCUGCGUGACCAUCAUCGUCAUCAUCCCGUCCACCGGCAGGAGCCUGGGCGCUCAUGUGGCGGCGUUCGCAGUGGUGUGUGUGGUGGUGUGUGUCUGCGUGGCUCUUCUGGCGUGUUUGCCGUGUUUGCCGGUGCUUCGGCGGGGAGAAACGCCACUCGCGCUCUUCAUCUGGUCUCUGCUCCUCAUCGUCGCCUUCGUGUUCGUCUUCACCGGAGGCGUCGUCACCGCCUGGGACCAGGUCGCGUUCUUCCUCUUUCUGUCACUGUCCGUUUAUACGGUUCUUCCUCUCAGGCUCUCAUGGGCUCUGAGCUUCGGCAUCGGAGUGAGUGUUUGUCACAUCGUCACCAUCAGUACGUAUGUGUCCCUCACCAGUCCGCAGACACGUGACCUUGUCGUGCAGUUGGUGGCGAACGCAGUGCUGUUUGUGUGCGUCAACUGUGUUGGCAUGUUUCACCUCUGGCACACUGAGCACGCUCACAGGAAGACCAGCAAGAAACGAGAAGAUUUCAGCAAAAACCGCUCCACGCAGGCCAAACAGAAACGCGAUCAGGAGCAUCUCCUGCUGUCAGUCUUGCCUCGAUACAUCGCCAUGGAGCUGAAGACUGAAAUCGUCAAGCGUCUGACCAAAUCAUGUUCCGCUGAGGACAAUAGACCUAAUUUCCACAGUCUUUACAUCCGACAGCACAGAGACAUCAGUAUCCUGUACGCUGAUAUCGUGGGCUUCACACACCUGUCCGGCACCUGCACACCUGAGGAGCUCGUCGCCGUUCUCAACAAACUCUUCGGCAGGUUCGACGACACCGCCAAGAAGAACGGCUGCUUGCGUAUUAAAAUCCUGGGCGACUGUUAUUACUGCGUCUCUGGUCUUCCCGAUCCGAUCUCUCAUCACGCUCGCAACUGCGUUCAGAUGGGCCUGGACAUGUGCAGCGCCAUAAAUAAGCUGAGGGAAGCGACGGAAGUGAACAUCAACAUGCGUGUAGGCGUGCACACGGGUAACGUUCUGUGCGGCGUGAUCGGCCUUCAGAAGUGGCAGUACGACGUCUGGUCAGAUGACGUGACUCUAGCCAAUCACAUGGAGUCUGGAGGAGUGGCUGGGAGAGUCCACAUCACGGAGGAGACGCUGGUUCACCUGGAUGGGAAAUACCAGGUGGAGGAUGGAGAAGGCGGGAGUCGGGAUUCCAGUUUGAAGGGAAGGAGAACAUUCCUGGUCAUUGACCCUAAUACAGAAAAGUGGAGUACAACAACACAGACUAAUGAGCUGAAGGUGAACAACAGACUCCCGGAUCGGCACAAGCUCCGGGCGUCGGUGCGCAUGUCGCAAUAUCUGAAGUCCUGGGAAUCCGUCACACCGUUUUAUGGACUCAAACAAUCAGAGGCCUCGCUGAAAGCUCCGCCCACCGCUGACAGCGGCAUCAGCCAAUCACAGCAGGAGCUGACGGAUGUGAACACUCACAGAUCAACACCAAAUGGACCGACAGACUCGUUAGACCCUCUGGAAAAUGAAAGGAGAAGAGCGAAGCUGAACUGGGUGACGCUAUUUUUUAAUAACAUCCAGUUCGAAAAAGAGUAUUCUCUGAGUGAAGUCCAGGGGCUUCAUCACUCUGUGGGAUGUCUGGCCUUCAUCUUCAUCUCUGUGUUCGUGGUUCAGAUGUUGACCUCGCAAAAAAACUUUGCUCUUGCGGUGUCGUAUGGAGCCACUUUCCCAGUCCAGAUCCUGAUUGCACUGGUGGUCUUCACUAGAUUCCUGAAGCGCUGGAGCUCUAAGAUCCCCCCCAGCAUCCUCUGGGUGUCGUUCCUGUGUGGCGGCGUGGUCACCAGGGCGGCGCUGCGUUUGCUGCUGGUGUUCCUGUGUCUGCUCAUCACGCUGCUCAUGGCAGUGCUCAACUUAGUUUUUAUACCAGGCGAUGACUGCAUAAAUGUUUCCCACAAUGCAACAGAAUUGAACAACCUGAAUCUCUACACUGUCCCGUAUUAUCUGUACUGCUGUCUGUUGGCGAUGCUGGGUGUGAUGGUGUUUGUGCGUGUGUGUGUGUCUGUGAAAGUCUUCCUCCUGACGCUAGCGCUAGUGGUUUAUCUAGCGCUCUUCUUGCACGUGUACGCACCGCGCUCCGACUGCUACGUCAAACAGCUCUACAACGACAGCCCACCGGGAGUUCUUAAGGAGCCCAAGAUCAUGUCCGGCAUUUGGCUGGUCAUUUUCUACUUGACUUCCCUUGUUCUUGUGCGACAGGACGAGUUGGGCUCUCGCACAGAGUUCCUGCUGGAGAAGUGUUUUAUAAAAGAGACGGAGGAGAUGGAGACGACGAAGAACGUGAACAGACUCCUCUUGCAGAAUCUGCUGCCGGGACACGUCACCGAGUUCUACAUCGGCAAGGACGUCCCAAACCAGGACUUGUACAGCAAGUCGUGCGAGUGUGUGUGUGUUAUGUUCGCGUCCGUGCCGCAGUUCUACAAAGAGUUUUACAGCGAGAGCAGCGUCAACAACAACGGGCUGGAGUGUCUUCGCUUACUCAACGAGAUCAUCUCAGACUUUGACGAGCUCCUUAUCAAGCCAAAAUUCAGUGCGGUAGAAAAGAUCAAGACCAUCGGGAGCACUUACAUGGCGGCGGCCGGCCUGACCAAUCCUGCCAAAACGGAGGAGCAACUAGCCUGCGACACGUCGUACAAUCACAUUCGCAGCAUGUUGGACUUCGCCGUCGCUCUGAUGGCGAGACUGGAAAACAUCAACACACACUCCUUCAACAACUUCAAACUGAGGAUCGGGAUAAACCACGGGCCUGUGAUCGCGGGCGUCAUCGGCGCUCAUAAACCUCAGUAUGACAUCUGGGGAAACACGGUCAACGUGGCCAGCCGAAUGGACAGCACUGGAGUCCUGGAUAAAAUACAGGUGACGGAGGAAACCGCUCAUGUGGCGCAAACGCUGGGCUAUGAUGUCACUCUGAGAGGAGUGGUCAACGUCAAGGGCAAAGGUCAACUGACCACGUACUUUAUCGUCACGGAGCAAACGCUGAAGUCCUGACAACACGGACCACGUUCUCAGUGAACGCCUGAAACAUCAAGCUCACAGUCAUAGCUAAGCGAGUAGAGAUCCUGAGUGUUUCACUAAGGUCCUUUACGGCAGGUGUUUUCACAUCGGAGUUCGUAAAGGAGUGCCAGUGGGCCCGUAGAAAAGUUUACAGGAAAACAAUGUCAA